UACGGUUUGUAAAAUCCAUCAGCGAUGAAAAAUAUGGAGCAGCAGUCCUCGAAGGGUCUAGUAUUAACCACAUCCGGACAUGAAACACAAUCAGCAACCUCGGUAAGAGAAUACUCAGAUCCCCCAAUCCCUGAUGAUCUACUUAUGGAGAUAUUCUCCAGAGUCCCGGCAAAGUCUAUAGCUAGGUUUCGUUGCGUUUCGAAAUUCUUGGCAUCCAUAUUUUGCCGUCCUGAUUUUACUGACUUGUUUCUGACUAUGUCUUUGACUCGUCCACGGUUCCUUUUCGCCUUAGAAGCUGAUAAAACGUUGUUCUUAUACUCUGCACCUCAGCCUCAUAAUCCAAACGAUAACUCUUCUCUUGUAGCCACCCCUUAUCAAACGCUUAUCUUUCCAGAAUAUAUUGGAUUUGAUAACCCUAGAACACUCUGUGGGUUGGUAUUACAUCGGAAGAUGCGGGUGAUUUGUAACCCUGCCACUGGAGAGUUUCUAACCUUACCCAAUGUUCUUAAAGAAAACAUCUUACCCAAUGGUAACCCCGCAGUGAUCGCAGCAACGUACCUUGGGUAUGAUCGGAUCGGAAAACGGUUUAAAGUGUUGCGUAUGACCCCGUCACGUGAUGGAAGACCCAAUACUCAUCAGGUCUUGACGUUGGAAUCUGGAAAGCUUUUAUGGAGAAUGGUCGAAUGCAAGUUCCAUUUUGUGCCGACCCUUGGUUCCGCUUUCACAUAUUUCAUGCUCUUUCUCCGCUUGCUUCCUCGAGAUUUUUAUCUUCUCUCACUCUAA